AUUACUUUAUAAAAUAAAUAUCUACACUUAAUUAAUAAUAUUGUGUAUUAUAAUCGAACAUGUUACAGUUGAUUUCUUUUACGAUUAUAGAUUUUUAUAGGUCGUCAAUUAUGCAAUAUGUUAAUUACAUAUGAUAAAGUUUUAACAAUAUAUUAAAUUUUUAAUAAAUUUGACCAGUGCAACUAUUUUAAGAAAUGUACUAGUCCGUUUAAAAUAAAUAAAUUAUUAUAUAGUUUUUAAAAUGAUUAUUAUGUAGUUGUAGUUAUUUUAACUUUAAUUUGAUUAUAGAAUACUAAAACACACAAACAAAAUAUUUUAUGAAUAAUGUUAUUCUGUAAAAUAAAAAUAUUUUAAAUCAAUGCAGUACAUAUUAAAUUUACAAUGAAUUUUUCUUACAAGUGAGAUAUCUCUUAAAUUUUUAUGAUAUUGUAUUACAAUACAUGUUACUAGACUUUGAAAGCGCGGGUUUAUUUACGAAAUUAAAUAAAUUAUUUUUAUAUAAUUUUUAUAUAAUAUAAUGUAUAAGUUUGAAUACAUUUACCUGGAUGCACUAAACCGUACCCCACUGGAAAAAAAACUAAAAUUAAGCUGAAUUUUAUAAAACCAAGCAUAUCAUAUAUAUUUGGAACCGAAAAAUAGAAACCGAAUUGAAAACCAAAUGAAUACUUAAAAUUUUAAAAUACAAAUUAUCUACCUACAAAUAUUAAUUAUAUUUAAUUUCUAAAUAAUCAAAUAUCCUAAAAAUACUAUUUAUAAACCAAAUUAUGCAAAAAAAUUAAUGACUUGAAUAUUUUUUAUUCAAAUAAUUAAUAGUUAAGUAUUUAUCUUUUUUUUUCAAACAACCUAAACUACCCGAUUUAAAAUGCAAGAUAUUUUACAUUUGUGAAAAUUCAAUAAAACGUAUCAUAUGCAUUGUUAGAAUUUGUAAAAUAAAUAAAUAUGUUCUAUUUAAACCAGUUGUCUAUUACUAAUUCCAUUUAAAUCUCCUGCCUAUAAAUUCUUGCAAUAUAUUUCUUUUGUAAGUAUUCAAUAUUAAAUUUAAGUGACUACCAUAUUUCAAAAUACAACUAAUUUAUACAAGUGUUGCAAUUUAAUUGACUAAAAGAGUUAUUAAUUCUAUGAAAUAAAUACAUUGAACUUUCAAUAGUAUUAUAUAGUAACAUGGUAAGUAACUAAAUGAGUGAAAAAAAAAUACAAGAGAAAGAAAUUACAAUAAAGAAUUGUACACAAUAAAUCAAUAUUUGUUAACAGUUAGGCAUCGUCCAGACCCCCGAAUAAUCCGCCUAAUCGUUAGUCGUCUAUUUAGGUAAAAACUUUAAUGGUAUAAAUUUUUUCCUUGCUGUAAAUUCUUGAAAUAUAUUAAUUUUGUAUGUAUUCAAUAUUAAAUUUUAUUGACUACCACAAUUCAAAAUACAACUAAUUAAUACAUGUGUCACAAUUUAAUUGAUUAAAAGCAUCAUUAAUGCUAUGAAAUAAAUACAUUGAACUUUCAAUGGUAUUAUAUAAUAAUAUGGUAGGUUAUUUAACGAGAGGAAAGAAAUUCAAGAGAAGAAAUUAUAAUAAAGAGACUGUACACAACAUAGCAAAGUAAAGAACUCACCAAAUUAGAGAGAAGAUAAGCCUUAUAUAUAUUUUAUUUGAGCUGGUUAUUCAUGACAUGCAUAAUAUAAUUCUCCAAAACUCACAAUACCUCUCGACUUCGUGAUUUCUUAUUCUGUUUUGGCAAUUAUGGCUGCGAAUUCAUGGACACAAGAAGAGAACGAGCAGUUCAAGGAUGCAGUGCAGAGGUUCUCUGCGUUUUUUCCCGAUCGGUUCGAGUGUAUAGCCCAGCGUCUACAGAAAUCGGUGGUCGAUGUUAAGGAGCAUUACCAGGAAAUGGUCGAUGAUCUUCUAGAGAUCAGAUCGAGUCAAUUAGCUUUAUCUAAUGGGAUGUUCGAUGCAGUUGAGCCGAGUUGGUGCCGGAUCGAGAAACCUAUAUGGGACAUAGAGGAACAUGAAUGGUUCCUGAUCGGGUUAGAGCGGUUUGGGAGAAACUGUGACAAAAUAGCGGUCUUAUUGGUUACCAAAACCCCGAUGCAAGUGGCUAUCUAUGCACGUAACUUCUUCUAUUGGCACAACUCAAAGAACAAUGUCUUAAAGCGGCGGAGAACCAUGGACAUAACUAUGGGGGACAUCAGAGUGGACUCAUCUGGCCAACACAACAGAAUGAGGGGCAUCAAUAGGGACUCAACUGGCCAAGAAGAGAGACCUAUGGGGGGCGUCAAUGUGGGACUCAACUGGUCAACAAGAGAGCCUAGUUCCUUCGCAGCCGCACGACAACAAUUGGGCUAGUCGCGCUGGAAACCGGUCAGGAUGCUAGCAUUUCUGAUUCUGAAUCAACAAGAACAUACAAUUUCGUUGUGAAACUAUUUAAAGCUCAAGGACUUUUAAUGCAUUUUGAAUUUUGUUUUGCAAUUUUUUUCUUUUAUAUAAGCCUCCAUGGUCAUAUAUUUCUGAUUGUUGAAUCCGAAUUCCGUUUAUCUACUAAAUAUAAUUCGAGGUUAAAAAACAACGACGAAAGGGAGUAUAAUAGGUGGGUUAGAUACUAAAUAAAAUAUAAUUGGGGUCUAUUUACUAAAUUAAAGAAAACACGAGGGUGAAUCUUGUUAUUUCCCCUAUUAAAAUCACAAUAAAUCCUAGAGAGAAAAAAAAGAGAAAACCCUCGAGAGAUAUCAGGUUCCCUUUGUUUUUUUUUGAGAUCAGAGUUUUCCCAACAACUUUCUUGUUGCUUCUAUCGCAGUCCUUCUUGAGAAACCGCUUGCAAAUAUUAACCUUAUCGAAUCGGGUCGAUGUCCUAUUACAAAUUAUGCGGAUGGGAGCCCAUCUCAGACCAAAUAUAUGGAGAAAGAAAAAAAGAGAGGGGAAAGUCUUGG